GCUAAGCUGGUAACGAUGCUUCUGGCCUUCUCAUACACCUCGCUUGACUUAACGCUUGCAAGUCCUAUCACCGCUCGAGGCUGUAGCCUUUACGACCCUUAACCCUCCCUGCCUUUCCACGAAACGAAGGAAAACUUUCAGAAACCCCAAGAUGAGCCUUUGUGAUCACUUUUCCUUCGAUACCCUAUCUUGAUCUUGAUCUUGAUCCAUCUUUGAAGCUCAAUCUCUUUUAAUCUGAAGAAAACGUCCCAAGAUUGCCUAAAUCGCUGUCCUUGAAUCUUCCUCUCUACCCUAGAUCCGGCCAUUUUUUCAUCUUCAUCACCCUGGAUCGAGAUAAUCACUGCUCUGUAGUUUUUGCUGGAAUUCUGUUUCAGCCUCUUUCAUUGUUUUCUGGUUAGCAACGAGAUCUGCCGCGCUUUACUAGGUUAAGUGUCAGGUGCUUUUUUCUUUUCCUCCAUAUUCUCUGGUAGAAUUUAGAGAACCGAAUGGCAACAUCUUUGGAUAUGUCGCUUGAUGAUCUGAUAAAGAGCAGAAGUAGUACCGAGAGAGGGAGAGGACGAGGCCGGGCCCGCCGAGGCCGAGGCAGAGGGCAAAUACAAGGCCCAGGAGGGAGUUUUGGCCGUGGAAGGACGGGAGGCAAUCGUAGAGGGGCUCUGAGGGUGAAUGCUCGGCCAUCAUCUUACGCAAUUGCCAAGUCUUUCAGCAGAAACAAGGAUUUUACAUGGCAACAUGAUUUGUUUGAAGAUAGCCUGAAGGCUGCAGGGAUAUCUGGAAUUGAAUCUGGAACAAAAUUAUAUGUCUCAAACUUGGACCAUGGUGUUAGCAAUGAAGAUAUAAAGGAACUUUUCCGUGAGAUUGGAGAACUGAAGCGAUAUGCAAUCCAUCAUGACAGAAAUGGGCGAUCAAGUGGUACGGCUGAAGUAGUGUUUGUUAGAAGAAGUGAUGCAUUAGCAGCUGUUAGGCGAUAUAAUAAUGUUGUACUGGAUGGGAAGCCAAUGCAGAUUGAACUCAUUGGUACCAAUCUUGAAAUUCCUGUUUCAGCUCGGGUGAAUGUAAUUGGAGCAGCAAAUGGAAGAGGAAAGAGAACGGUUGUAAUGACGCCUCAAGUGCACCGAGGUGGAGGUUCUGUUCCAGCAAAUCGUGGUUCUGGAUGGGGCCGUGGGGUUCCCUGGGGUGGUCGUGGUCUUGGUCGCAGCCGUGGUGGUCGUGGUCGAGGUCGUGGCCAUGGCCGUGGUCGGGGACGUGGCCAGGGAAGGAAGCAACCUGUUGAUAAGUCAGCAGAGGACUUGGAUACCGAAUUGGAUAGCUACCAUGCGGAAGCCAUGCAAACAUCCUAGUUAUAAGAUUCUAAACUGAAAACAUUAUAUGGUAUUUCUAGUGGAUUAUCAGAGGGAGCUGUAUACAGAAGGUGGCAAUGGGGCAUUAUUACAGUGAUAAAUUUUUUGGGUUUUUGUUCAUAUGCUUCGCUCCUGGAUAGAAUUCAGGGUUUAACCUAUUAGAUUGGAAGUGAUUUUAAUGCGGACAAAGCAGUUAUCCUGAAAAUUUGUGUAUAUUAGUUGUUUUUUAUAUGGUAUCUUCUUUGGUAUUUUUGGUUUUGCAAA